AUGUCGUCAGACAGUCAAUCAUCCAGUUUAAACGCUCAACAAAAUUCAUCGAGACAACUUCAAGUCGGCUCAGUCUCCAAUGGAAUCUACCGUCCAUCGCCAAUCACAGAUGUUCCAGAAUUGAGUAAAGAAAGUCUUCUCAAUAUGUUAAAUCAAAUUCCAGAUUUACAAGGUCGCCAAUUUAACAUUGAAUAUGCACCGCCAAGCGCCCCUGAAGAAUAUCCUAUUCCCACAAGUUUACCGGCAGGAGAAACCUCCUAUCCUGAACCGGUUGUUAUCGAUAAAUUACCAAACAAUGUCAUUCAACAUGUAAAACUCAGCAAUAAUCCAGCUAUAACAGCUGCUCUAGAAGAUACAAUUCGCCGUGAGCAGCCUGGUCCAUCUUCAACUUUAAAUAAUCCGGCAGCAACCGUUAUGCAUCAUUCUGCUCAACUUCAGGGUCAAGUGCAACAAUCUCGUCCGGCGUCAUCCAAUGAAUCUGAGAGUAGCACAGAAGUUUCGUCAUCAGGAUCUACAUCUGAAGAUUGUUUCAUAAGCCAGAUGAAUGAAUGA